AUGGAGGAAAGUUGUGUGGUGCUGGAUCUUUAUAAGGAUAUAGUCUCAAAAUCAGAAAAUGGACCUUGGUACACAAUUGCCAAUUUCAUGUACCAAUGCCAUCCACAUACUACCUGCAGCUGUCAGUUGGGUUUUACAAGGUUUUAUAUUCACUCACUUUUGUUUUGGGGGAAGAUUUGCCUUUGUGGGGGCAUCACACAUCACAGGAGAGUUACUGAACAAGGAUCCAACCACACCAGCCUCUACGACAGAAGUCACACUGGUGCUGAACUGGUUGAGCUGGCAGGAAACGCAGUUGUGCUCUGGCUCCUGGGCUUCAGGAUACACAGAAAGGGUGUUUCAGUCUACAUCUUAAACCUGGCUGGGGCUAACUUCCUCUACCUCUGCUUCAACAUCUUUCAUUUCAUGCAAGAAAAUACUAGCGUCUUCAUUUUCACUCAGAACUAUUUUUUUUCUACUGCUCUAUACUUGAUUUUAUUGUUUGUGAUUCUCUCAGGGUCUGCCCUGGCUCUGAUGGCUAGGUUAUUCUGUGGCUCAGGACAGAUUCCACUGACAAGGUUAUACAUGACCAUCCUGCUCACAGUGCUGGUCUUCCUUUCCUGUGGCCUACCCUACGGCGGCUCCCUGCCAAAGUUGCAACGAGCUCCUCCUAUAGUAAAUCAUGAGGUAGAAAACAGUGGGAAAGCUCUAGAGGAAACUCUAGGAGAAUGGGAUAGUAUUGGGGAGAUAUUAAAUGGAUUUUUGUGA